UUCAACUUAAACCCUAAUCCCUAGAUUGGGAAAGAAAGGGGGAAAAACGAAACUGAAAUUGACUCCAGCCAUGAAUAGCAGGAAGAGAGAGAAGCCCUACUACUCCCGCCAUGCCCCUUAUUCUCUGCCGAAGCGUCGCCGCCCGCUCACCCUCGACGCGGACGAUGCCGACGCCAAUUCCAAGCCCGCCGCCGCUAAAGUGCCGACGUCGGUGGUGGUGAUCGGCGUGCCCCCGGAGUGCUCCGUGCUCGACCUCAAAUCGAGGUUCGAAGUGUACGGCCCCAUAUCGCGGACCCGGAUGGAGCCUGAUGGAGUUGCUUACAUCAAUUUCAGAUCCAACGAGGCCGCCCAAUCCGCCGUCGAUGCGGCCCUUGAUUCCAGUUUUCCCGUUUCCCUACAUUCCACUCCAGUUCAGGUGAUGUGGGCAACUAAUCCAGUUUCACAGCAGGAGGGGGGAGUUGGCAGGAAGGAAGGGCUGUCGUCUAGGCUAGUGAGGCCCGAAAUGCCCCUCCGCAGGCAUGGAAGAGGUAACAAGCUGGGGUCAGCUAUAGUGAAUCCUCGAGACGAGAGAGGUGGCAACGAGGCCACAAAUAGCAGCCCCAACAACAAUGAUGGGCUUAAUGUUGCUGCUGCUGUUGGUGGUGGUUCAGGUACUUUCAGGGGCAGGGAAAUUGUUGCUUAUGAUGAUAUAUUGUGAUUCUUGAAAAGGGCAUAUCGGAAUCUCCCUUGUUGUAAACAUAUAAACCAAGAAUUUAUAGCAUUGCUGGUUUAGUUAUGAAUUAAGUGAGACUCUGUCGAAGAUCAUUGAGUGUAGGUUGUAUGUGUGUGUAGCUUUCAUCCAGUCCUCUUGCAGUCUUGCUAUUCUGAUUCUCUUUUGUUAGGAAUAGGAUAUAUGUCUAAUGUAACGAUAAUACCUGAUUCGACCCGCAUACUUGAGUAAGUUGGUAAUGUUUUUCCUUGUUAAGAUA